GCCCGGUUACAAGGUAACGGUAAUCGAUAAAUCCGAAAAAGAUUGGUGGAAGGGUAAAUGUCUUGGUGGUCGUGCAGGAUAUUUUCCUAGUGCCUAUGUGAUGCGCGUUGAAUCCGGCCAAAAGACGCUUCAGGUUACACGUAACCUACAACUAAAAGAUCAAUUUACAUUAUUGAGAGAUCAGAUCGUUAUUCAAGUUGGCGAAGAAGUUGAUGGCAUUGCUAUGGUAAGAUUUGCGGCUGACGUGAGAUCGGCCGAGCAUAUCGGUAAAGAGGGUGACGUAUUGUAUAACGAAACCCUCUGUCCAUUAAUGUACCUUCAAGAGGUGUGACAGCAACCUUAUCAAGGCACUCGCAUGAACAUGACGAGCGAACUUCAACACUGCGCUAAUCUUCGCAGCCAUUUUGCGAAUCCGAUGCGCCGAAGUGUCGUAGAAAAAUAUUACGACUGUCUCCAGUGUGCCGAGCAAUGUCGUCACACCGUUACCAAUAAUAAUAAUAGUAAUAUUAACAAUAAUAAUAAUAGUAAUAUAAAUAAUAAUAAUAAUAAUAAUAAUAAUACUAAGAAUAAUGCCAAGAGUAGUAACAAAAAUAAUAAUAAUAAUAGUAGUAAUAGUAAUAAUAGUAACAAGAAUAUCAAUGCGAAGAGCAUGAUCAAUGGUAGUGUCAAUAAGGAACGUCCAAUCUCUAAUUUGGACAAUUGUUCGAUCAAGAGUAAAGAUUCUAAUAGAAUGUUAACACCCUACAAUGAUUCAACGAGACGUUACAACGUUCGUAGCAAUGACCAAUUAAUGAAAUAUUUAUCGAGGAAUCAUCAGAUUCAUUUGACACCAGCAAGAAAAAGAUCGUCCCUUGCUAGGCCAGUACGCGUUCAUGAUUCUUUCGUUCAGCCAAAAAAAUUGAUUACAAGUGGUUACACCGUCCAACAUCAUCGUCAAUAUCAACAAUUUUAUCAUCAACAGGAGCAUCAAAAUCAACAACAACAAUUACAACUGCAGCAACAACAAUUACGUCAUCAGGAGCUCGUUCAAAGACAACAACAACAGCAACAGCAACAACAACAAGAAAAACAGCAACAAUUACGUCAAGGAACCUCGAACGUGUCAGAUUAUACUUACGAGGAUGAGGAACACGUUGAGGAAGAAAUAACAUGGCCGAUACGAUUUAGAUUAGAACAAAUGCUCGAACUUACUCUACCUCAGGCUAAAAGAUGUAAGAAAAAGAAAAAAAAGAAAACUGCUACGAUGAUGUUAAUGAAACAGGAACAAAAUGGCAGACACGGUUUUAAGGACACCGACAGAUUACUCAAGGUGCUUAGCGUUAACAACGUGGACCAAGAUAAUAGGUACAACGUUAAACGGUGUUCCAUCAUGUAAAAAUGAUUUAUGGAACAUACCGUUCUUUCUUUAUUAUCGUUAUCAUUAUAUGAAUAUAUAUAUAUAUAUUGUUAUCAUAUACGUACAACGUAUCUUUUGAUCUAAAUUCAAAGGGAAUAUUUAUAAUCCUUCCACACUAACGCGUCACUUAUUUUUUUUGUUUUUUUUUUUCUUACUGGUUCUCACGUUCUUAUUGAUAAACGACGAAAUUUAUUUAUAAUAAUUAUUUUCCAAUCUUGUCAAUAACUCGUCGGCCUAUAAAACACAUCAUCAUAAUAUUAUUACGUACAAGCGAGCCUAUUUAUACACUAUCAUCUCUUUUUCGUUUAUUUAAAAAAAAAAAAAAA